UCUAUAAGAUAUUGAAUAUAUAUUGAAUAAAAGUCUUUUAAACCCUCUUAAAUAUCAUAACUGUACUUGCUGCUGCAAUCCAGGAAAACCAGCAGGAAUGAGAACAGAAAUGCUUUUAAAAACUCAUAUUUUUGUCCAAACAUAUUUUGUGCAUUUUGUUGAAAUCCUCAUUAUUUAUUAGGUUUCAUUAUGAGAUAAGGUAGUCAGUGUUUAAUCAUUUGAAUUUCUUACUUUUUCAACGUAUUCAUAAUUAUCAAUAAUCUAUAGUAAUUAUAAAAUAUAUAAAUCCCACAACUCAGGCUGAUCAAAACGCUGCUAAUAUUUCUGUGCCGAUGCAAAUUUGAGUAUUGUUCAAGAUUUAUAGAUUUUUCUUUCUUUAAUCCCACACAGCUAAGAAUGGUUGUGUAGUGUGAGGCGCUAUAUUUCUUAUUGUGUUGAUGAUGGACUAAAUAGAUCAUUAAUCUUAUUGAGGCACAAACUGCAUUCGAUGCACAACAGCUGUUUGUUGCUGGAAGCCUGUGAUAGAUGCAGAAAUUAACAGAAAAGUUCUCUUGCUUGUUCAUCAGCUUUGACUAUUUGAAUAACAAAAAGCUAUAGCAGAGCUGAUCAUGUAUAAAAGCUCCUGCGGCGGAUCAGUCCUGCACAGAACCAGCCAUGAACAAGAUAAUCUUCUACGAGGAGAGAAACUUCCAGGGUCGCUCGUACGAGACGGGUAAUGACUGCCCGGAGCUCAACUCGUUCCUGAGCCGCUGCAACUCCUGCCGGGUGGAGAGCGGCUGCUUCGUGGUCUACGACCGCUCCAACUUCAUGGGGAACCAGUUCUUCGCUCGUCGAGGCGAGUACUCCGACUGCAAGAGACUGGGCCUGAGCGACUCCAUCCGAUCCUGCAGGAUCAUCCCGCAGCACAGAGGAGCCUUCAGGAUGAGGAUCUACGAGAGGGAGAACUUCGGAGGGACGAUGCACGAGCUCACGGACGACUGCGACUCCAUGACGGACCGCUAUCGUCUGGCUGAGAUCCGGUCCUGUCACGUGAUGGACGGGCACUGGCUGAUGUACGAGCAGCCGCAGUUCCGGGGCAGAAUGAUGUACCUGAGACCCGGAGAGUACAGGAGCUUCAGGGACAUGGGCUUCAGGUUCAGCUCCAUGCGCAGGAUCAUGGACCCCUGCAAUUAACCAUGAUCAAUCAACAAUCAAUUAAAUGACCUUCAUAAUUA